UUGAAUUCAAACGCUACUAAACAAGGCGCUCACUCUUACAACUCACCACUCCACCACUGUCCUUCCAUACAGAGAGAGAGGCCGACAGAUAAUACUAUUAGGAAAAAAAAUCGAUACUCAAUAGUUUACUUUCUCCUCAACUUUUCAUUUCAAGUCCUUUUUUUUUUUUCACUCUAAUAAAAGGGGGGAAAGAGUUCAUCUUUCUGACAAAAAAUGAUGAAAUCAAAACAAACGUACGAAGAAACCAGGCAAAAGAGGAUGGAGGAGAACAAGAAGAGAAUGGAAGAGCUCAACCUCACAAAGCUCUCUCAAAGUCUCCUUUCCAAGCCAUCUCCAGUGAAGAAAGCGAAGCCCAGAAUUUCUAGGUCACCAGUGGCCUUGACUCCUGUUAGAAGGUCGAACCGGGUUGCAGACAAGUCUCCCGUUAGCUAUAAAGAAGUUCCAAUUGAACCUUUGGCGAGACCCAGAAGGAGCUAUCAAAGGAGGGAUCUCUUGAAUAGAGUUUAUGCUUCUGAUGAAGUAAGGAUAUAUGCAAUUCAUAGGGCCGAUCAAAUUCAGUCAAGUUUGGGAGCUGAUUUCCCAAGUUUUGUAAAACCUAUGCUCCAAUCACAUGUCACUGGAGGGUUUUGGCUGGGUCUGCCGGUCCCCUUCUGUAAGGCUCACCUUCCCCAUUAUGAUGAAAUGAUCACUUUGGAAGAUGAAAAUGGAGAUGAAUCUGAAACGAAAUACCUGGCUGGAAAAACUGGUCUUAGUGGGGGAUGGAGAGGUUUUGCUAUUGGCCAUGAUCUAGUUGACGGAGAUGCAUUGGUAUUCCAGCUUGUCAGCCCUACUAAAUUUAAGGUGUACAUUGUAAGGGCAUAUGAUUCAGAAGACAAUGAAGAUCAGGAAAACACGAAAGACAAUGAAGUCAAGGAUAACACGGAGGACAAGGAAGACGAGGGAAAAAUUGAAGAAAAUGGCAAGGUUUCAGAUGCCACAGAUUUGAAUAGGAGAUACCCCAAACGAAUCAGAGCAAGCAAAAAGUAGUGUUCGCAAUAGCUGGGCAGCGGCAAGUUCCUUUGGUUUCAGCGUAGGAGCUAAUCUAUAAUGGAGAACUGACAUUUUGGUUUUUGAUCCUGUAACGAGCCAUCAUGGAGUCGAAAGGCAAGCAGAUCAUUAUCAUUUUGUAGCAUAGAAACAGUGGUGAAGAACUGCACUUGUAAUAUCAUUGCUUGCUUCGUGAUUAUUUUAGGUUAUGUUUAAUGAAA